UUCAAUAUAAAUUAGAAAGAGUUUCAAUUUUUAUUUAUGUUUACAUUUAUGUUUUCAUAAUUAUAUUUUUAGCUUUUUUUAAACAAAUAUUAUCUAAUAAUAAAAUGGUAUAUCAGUAUUGAUGAUCUUUCUCUAUGUAUUGGAAUUCUUAUUAUAAUAUAGUUGUAAAAAUAGUUAAAUAUUUAGAUAUUUUAACAAUAUGGUUUUGUUUAUGUUUCCAAGUUUUUUUGUCGAUUGUGAAUAUGAUGGCGGAAGAUUGGAUGGCAUUUAAGUCGAAUGUAGAAAAAAGUGUUAUGAUAAAACAAGCACAAACUGCUCGAUUGAUCGUAACCAUUGGAUACCUUUUCUGUGCAAUUGCGGUGAUCAGCGUAAUCAUUUUUCCUUAUUUUGGCAUACAAGUAAUACAUAUAACGAAUUUGACAGAGCAAGAGAAGCCGUUACCGUUGGAGACGUAUCAUUUCUAUAAUACAAAUAAAAGUCCGCAGUUUGAAUUGACAUAUUUUAUUCAUGCAGUAACAGUCUUUAUUGCAACUAUUAUUUAUAUAUCUGUAGAUAUUAUUUUAUUAUUAAUAAUUCUUCACAUCUGUGGUCAGUUAGAGAAUUUUAGAUGUCGAUUAGUUAGUUUGGUAUCGUGUAAAAAUUUCAACAAAGCUUUAAAUGACAUCGUAACAUCACAUUUACGUCUUAUCAGAUUUACUGACAAAAUUGAAAAUAUGUAUUGUGCAAUGAUGUUAAUAAUGGUACUCUACUUUGGCAUUGUAUUUUGUCUAACCGGUUUUUUAUUUACCAUUUUACUUAUUGAUAGAGAAAUAAAUAAGGCUACUAUUGCACAAGUAUAUUACUCAAUAAUCUUUUUUAUUAUGAUAUUGGCUAAUAUUUUCCUCUACUGUUUUGCGGGAGAACUUAUAAAGGAGCAAUGCAAUGGAGUAUAUCGUGCUAUUUGUGAUCUUGAGUGGUACAAAUUAAAAUCCAGGAAGGCGAGAAAUAUUACUUUACUAAUGUUACGAGUUAAACAUCCUUUACAAAUCACUGCGGGAAAGAUUAUUCCGCUAACAUUUGGUACAUUUUGCAGUAUAUUAAAGACAUCAUCUGGUUACAUAUCGUUUUUAUUAACAAAACAUGGUUAAUAAUUAUAAUAUAUGAAUAAUUAUUAUCGAAAUAUUCAUGAAAAAAUGGAAAUGUUUGCAGUUAAAUAAUUACGAGUAACUUACAAUUAGUUGCUACAAUAAAACUAAAAUUUUUGUUUGGUGUUUAUGCUUGUAGAUUGUAUGUUAUAUGUAAAUUAUAUUACUAAUUAUUUUAAUAUGGUAGUAUUUUCACUGUCAUAAAAACUGUUCGAGAGAGCGAGAGUGCGAGAGAGAGAGAGAGAGAGAGAGAGAGAGAGAGAGA